UUCCCGGGGCCGUAGCAGGGACUUUCCCGCGCCUGUGCUUUCGUCCGCCCCGGCUUGCUCCCCGCUGCGUCGGUCCGCUGGCGGGUCCGGCUGAGCUGCUCGUCCUUCGGCUCCGGACCGAGUCUCCACGGUCACCGCAGGGCCCCGCCCACCAAGCCCUGCCCGGGGCUGCCGGUCUGCCCGUUUGGACCUUGCUGUUGAUGACACCUGGCGGAAGGCUGCCAUGGAGGGGGAUGGUUCAGAGCCGCUGGUUACCAUCAAGAAUAUCGAAAGAGAGCUCAUUUGCCCUGCAUGCAAGGAGCUGUUUACCCACCCACUGAUUCUCCCUUGUCAACAUAGUAUCUGUCAUAAAUGUGUGAAAGAACUCUUACUGACUCUUGAUGAUUCAUUCAAUGACAUGGGAUCAGACAACUCCAAUCAGAGCAGUCCUCGACUUUGGCUCCCUUCUUCUAGCCUGGAUAAGAUUAACAGACCAGGCUGGAAGCGCACUUCAUUGACCCCUAGAACAACUGUUUUUCCUUGCCCUGGCUGUGAGCAUGAUGUGGAUCUUGGAGAACGAGGAAUCAACGGUCUGUUUCGAAAUUUCACUUUGGAAACUAUUGUCGAAAGAUACCGGCAAGCAGCUAGGGCAGCCACAGCCAUUAUGUGUGACCUUUGUAAACCACCACCUCAGGAAUCCACAAAAAGUUGCAUGGACUGUAGUGCAAGCUACUGCAAUGAAUGCUUCAAAAUUUAUCAUCCUUGGGGUACUGUAAAAGCUCAGCAUGAAUAUGUGGGCCCAACCACUAAUUUUAGACCCAAGAUUUUAAUGUGCCCAGAACAUGAAACGGAGAGAAUAAACAUGUACUGUGAAUUAUGUAGGAGGCCAGUUUGUCAUCUCUGUAAGUUAGGUGGUAAUCAUUCCAAUCACCGUGUGACCAGUAUGAGCAGUGCCUAUAAAACCUUAAAGGAAAAGCUUUCAAAGGAUAUUGAUUACCUUAUUGGUAAGGAGAGCCAGGUGAAGAGUCAAAUUUCUGAACUAAACUUGUUAAUGAAAGAAAUGGAGUGUAAUGGAGAGAGGGCUAAAGAAGAAGCAAUUAUACAUUUUGAAAAGCUCUUUGAAAUUCUAGAAGAGCGGAAGUCAUCUGUUUUGAAAGCAAUUGAUGCUUCUAAGAAACUAAGAUUAGACAAAUUUCAGACUCAAAUGGAAGAAUAUCAGGGACUUCUAGAGAACAAUGGGUUGGUGGGAUAUGCUCAAGAAGUGCUUAAGGAGACGGAUCAGUCUUGCUUUGUACAGACAGCAAAACAACUCCACCUCAGAAUACAGAAGGCUACAGAAUCUUUGAAGAGCUUUAGACCUGCAGCUCAGACUUCUUUUGAAGACUAUGUUGUUAAUACGUCUAAACAAACGGAUCUUCUUGGAGAACUGUCCUUCUUCUCUAGUGGCAUAGAUGUUCCAGAGAUCAAUGAGGAACAGAGCAAAGUUUAUAACAAUGCCUUGAUAAAUUGGGACCAUCCAGAAAAGGAUAAAGCUGAUAGCUAUGUUCUUGAAUAUCGGAAGAUUAAUAGAGAUGAUGAAAUAUUGUCAUGGAAUGAGAUAGAAGUGCAUGGCACGAGUAAAGUUGUUUCAGAACUUGAAAGCAAUUCCAGCUAUGCUUUUAGAGUGAGAGCCUACAAGGGUUCAAUCUGUAGUCCUUGCAGCAGAGAAUUGAUUCUUCAUACUCCUCCAGCUCCAGUUUUCAGUUUCCUCUUUGAUGAAAAAUGUGGCUAUAAUAAUGAACGCCUCCUGCUGAACUUGAAGAGAGACCGGGUAGAGAGCAGAGCUGGAUUUAAUCUUCUACUUGCUGCUGAACGUAUCCAAGUGGGUUGUUACACAAGCUUGGACUACAUCAUUGGAGACGCUGGAAUUACAAAAGGGAAACACUUUUGGGCCUUCCGUGUGGAACCGUAUUCAUACUUGGUAAAAGUGGGAGUUGCUUCCAGCAAUAAACUACAAGAAUGGCUCCAUUCUCCCCGGGAUGCAGUUAGUCCAAGAUACGAGCAAGACAGUGGGCAUGACAGCGGAAGUGAAGAUGCCUGUUUUGAUUCUUCACAACCCUUCACAUUAGUUACUAUAGGCAUGAAGAAAUUUUUUAUACCGAAGUCACCUACUUCUUCUAAUGAACCUGAACAUAGAGUUCUUCCCAUGCCAACAAGUAUAGGGAUUUUCCUUGACUAUGAUAAAGGCAAAGUGGGUUUCUAUGACAUGGAUCACAUGAAAUGCCUUUAUGAGCGCCAAGUGGACUGUUCACAUACCAUGUAUCCAGCAUUUGCGUUAAUGGGCAGUGGAGGAAUUCAACUUGAAGAACCCAUCACAGGAAAAUGUCUGGAAUACCUAGAGAACAUGUAGUUUAAACAUCCGAUGUGGCUUAGGAUGAAAGUGUGAGCAAAACAAUGCCUUAGUGUUAACCUUCGUAACUAAUUACACAUCAUCUAAGUAUUUGGUCACCAC